UUAGAAUAUAUUCUCGAUCUUUUUCUUCCCUUCUUAAGAAAGCAACAACUAUAAUGGGAGGCAGAUACUACUACGUCGUCGUCUUCUGUUUCCUUACGUUACUUGCUGUAUCUUCGGCCUUCCAGGGCAAGAAACAGUACAAACCAUGCAAAAGCCUGAGCUUGUACUUCCACGACAUCAUCUACAAUGGCGAAAAUGCUGCAAACGCCACAUCUGCUAUCGUAGCAGCUCCUGAAGGGGCUAACUUAACCAUCCUGGCAGGCCAAUUUCAUUUCGGGAACAUUGCGGUUUUCGACGACCCCAUCACCCUUGACAACAAUCUACACUCGAAGCCCGUGGGCAGGGCACAAGGCCUUUACAUUUAUGACACAAAGAACACCUUCACGUCUUGGCUGGGCUUCACAUUUGUUCUUAAUAGCACGGACCACCAAGGCACCAUAAAUUUCAACGGAGCUGAUCCAAUCUUGGCGAAGACCAGGGACAUUUCCAUUGUUGGUGGGACUGGAGAUUUUUUCAUGCACCGUGGAAUUGCAACUAUAAUGACUGAUGCAUUUGAAGGGGAAGUGUAUUUCAGGCUCCAUGUCGACAUUAAGUUCUAUGAAUGUUGGUAAAUUUGGAUGUUAUACACAUGGUUUUAGUUAUAUAUGGUAAGUUUUUUAUUAUUAUUAUUAUUAUUACAAUAUUACCAAGGAAAUUUGGUAAUUAAAUAGAGAAACGACAGUAUCAAAGUUGACAGGAGAAAAUAAGAGCAGUGCUACGCACUAGUAAAAUUUCUGGAUUUCAUCCGAAAAUUUAGUUUAUGGAUGUUAUUCUUGUAAUUAUGAAUAAUUACAAGAAUGACAUCCAUAAGCCAAAUUUCUAGAUGAAAUCUGAAAAUUCUACUUCUCUCAAGUAUUACCUAGAAAAGAAUUCAUAAGCGGGACUUACAAAAUACUCUAUUCAGAUAAUUAUUGACUGAAAGAGGACUGUUGUACUUGCAAACUCUUCCAACUCCUGGUCCUUGGCCCGCGUGGGAUGAGGCUAGGGUUUGCGAUAAUGUUGUGUGCCAUAGCUAGCUAUAGAUCUAUAUGUCUGGUUAGCCUAUAAAAUUGCUUGUAUCCCAUUAUCUUAUCAAUAAAAUUUGUUUCUUCAUA